AGUGGUACUUUACAGUUAAUUCACCAUUUUAUGAGUAAAACAAUUCUCUGUCUAUGGAUCUGUGAAAUUAUCGAUCGGAAGUGAUUGGCAACAUUCUACUAUAGUAGCAACAAUCAACAAAGGAAUUCAGAAACGUGUGUUCACUCAUGUGUGACGGUUAUGUUUUGGGGUAUUUUUUUAUUAUUUAAAUGUAAGCAAUAAACGAUAUAUUGGCCAAUAUGAACUGACAACCACGAAAGAUUAUAUUAAUAGUGUCAGAAUUGAUGACGGUCUCCAAAAUAUAGAGUUAUAUUUAUAUUGUGCUUUAUUUUUUUUUAAAAAUGUGUUUGCAACAGUGAUCGAAAUUGGUUUAAAACUUGAUAUAGACCAUGGGUCUAUUUCAAAACAAGAUGACAUAGACCUCAUUGUAAUGGCAUAGACCACAAGUCCACAACAUUGAAAAAAAAAAUAACACAGAUUUAAAACAUUGUUAUUUACUUCUAAUGUACUUUGAAAGCAUAUUUUCUUUCCAUUUCCGGCAGUGCCUGAGUGGUGACGUCUCCAUAUGAGUGAAAUAUUCUCGAGAGGGACGUUAAACAAUAGUCAAUCAUUUACAUAACAAUGUCCUCCUUUCCUCAGACGAUGACUGACCAGGGUCCUUUGGGAGAACACUAUUUCUUUAAACCUAGAAAAUCGGCAUAGACAAUUUGGUCUAUCUCAAUUACAGUUGGCAUAGACCAGUGUCAUUUGACAUAGACUCGGUCUAUGGCCAAUUUCGAACACUGUUGCAAUAUGCUGACAGUUUGAGCGAGCGCAGCUACAUGAUGAUGUCAGUGAUUUUUCUACAUUUUUUACAAGGGUCCUGUGGCAGUCAAAUUGGGAAAAAUCAAUUUCAUUGUAAAUAAGUUUUAAAAUCAUAUCAAACAUUAUGAUAAUAUUAUUAUCUUUAUUUAGCAUCUAAUUUUCUUUAACCUUCUAAAACUUUCAACUAUUCUAUCCAGCCUUAUGUACAUAAUUCACAUCGAAUGUUUAUUUUUUUCAAAUACGUUUUCCUUUCAUAAUUCUAUUAUUGGGGAAAAUGCAAGCUAAAUUGGGAAAAAAUUGGCAAUUUUUAGAAGGGGAAAGGGCCGAAAUUUGGACCCAAAGUGGGCUUUAAAAAAUCACUGGAUGUACACUAAUCUCGGCUGAGAUUCGGCUUGGCUGAACAUUUGGACUGACACCUUCACCGAAUCUCUCAGCAGAUCCUUCAUAAUUCAUGUCUGGAAAUUUACUUACAGCUUCGACUGGUUCUAGCAAUUAAUGUUCACUUGGGUGACACUGCUGUUGCUCGAAUUGCACCGAUUUAGCUCGGAUUAUUUUCCGUUCUCUAGUCAUUAGAGUUUACAGUACGAGCCAGCACUCACUGUUAUGCCCCAUACUGCUCGGAUACAUCUUGUGAUUAUAUACAUAGACUAUAGCACAAGUUACAUCUGGUGGUUUACAUAUGGUAAUGAGAACGAAAUCUGCACUGCAGAAUGUAUUUGACACUAAUAACAUUACGGUUGAUUGUAUAUUCUUUAAUGUCCAUCUCGAGAAUUUAUCACUCAUAUGGAGACAUUACCAGUGAAGGGCUGCAAAAUUUAGGUCUAUGCUUGGCGCUUACUGUCUUUGAGCAGGGGAUCGUGCCAAACCUGCUGUGACACGGGACCUCGGUUUUUGUGGUCUCAUCCGAAGGAAUGUCCCAUUAAGUCGCCUCUUACGACAAGAAAGAGGUACUGAGGACCUAUUCUAACCCGGAUUCCCACAGGAAUGGUUUCCAUGGCCCAGAGUCAAACCGCUGUUUGUCAAUAAGUUGGAAGACGUGAUGUCCAAAUUUCACCUGGAAUUACCUGUUGAUCACCUGACCCCAUGUCCAAAUGUGGAGAACCCCAAGUUCACAGAAAUGAGAAAGAGGAUACUGGACUCCGUUAACAGGUUCUCGGGUGCUCCAUUUACAAUACAACGAUUGUGUGAACUUUUGACAGACCCCAAGAAACAUUACAAACGCACAGACAAAUUUCUCCGUGGCAUUGAAAAAAAUGUGCUUGUGAUCAGUACUGUUGAUCCCUAUGGAAAUAAGAUAGUAUCUGAGUCGAGGGCCACCAUGGUGAACGGUCUGGACAGUUCGCCUGUCAAUGGAAAUGAGGCAGAUUCUCCCACCACCACCACUAACCUCACACCAGUGCAGUAUUCCGGAUUCCCAACCCAGCAACAGACCAACUGGACUACAGACAGUUGGGCAGGGAUGGGACCUAGUCAAGCAACACCAGGUCAUGCAACCUCCUCAUCUGAAACAAGCCCCACCCCCAGGGAACCUAACCUUACCUCCGAAAAGGCACCCUGUGAUAAUCAGUCCGAGGGAGAAGACCUACCCCCCAGGGAGGAAUUGACAGAAAGUGAAGAAGCAGCCAGUGAUGAUGUUUCACCUGUUAAAAAGCCUAAGCUCUCCACAGAUGAAACUGAAGAGGAGGAUUCACCCACAGAACGACCAGCACCUAAUGAUGGUGACAAACAAACAGACACUGCAGACAGCACUGCGGUCAGCACGGACGACACAAAAGAAUCCUCAGAUAAUGUUGUUGAACAAUCAGCAGAGGUUCUGAAAGCAGAGGACUCGAGGGUAAACCAAGGGUCAGAGAAUAGCUCAGAAGCAGAGACACCUGGUGACAAAGAAUCUGAGGCGUAUUCCACACAGGAACAGAAAGAUCUCGAUGAACAAUCCUCUCCUGAAUCAUCGCAAAACUCUGAGUCUAAAUCAAGUGAUAGUAGUUUACCUCAGGACAGCAUUACAGACAAAGCAUCAAAUGUUCAACAGGACCAAAGUUUACCUGCAGAAAAACUCUUAGAGAGUCCUCAGGACUCUACAUCACAGGAGACCACUGAGUCACAAAAUCAGGAAGGUGUGUCUACGCAGUUAAAUCAGCCACCUGUUGAAUCCACAGAGGUGCCGCCCAGUCCGCAGCACAGCGAGGAGGAACGCAUGAGCGUGGACAUCGGGGCCGAGAAAGUGGAACCCACGGAAAACAUGGACAGCUGUACUGAAAGCACACACCCUUGUGAUCCACCCACUGAGGAAGAAACACCCAUGGAAGAGGACUGAAUAGCCUGACAGUCCAUCAUCAUCAUUUCUAUCAGGCCCACUCUGUAGUGUUGAAUUCGCCGUCGUCAUCGAUUCUGCCACCCCUUACUCUGCACAUGAUUCAGUACCAACUGUCUUAUUGCCAAUUCGUACUUAAAAGCCAUAUAUGUGGAAUUCAUGUUGAAUAGGUGUGAAUUGAUUUCAUUAAGUGGAAAUCUUUUCGUAUUCUUGAUACUUACGCCCAUCAUUGUUACUGUGAAAGCUAUGUACAGAGAAUGAAAACUACACCAUUUUGAAUUUUUUGUCACGGAAAAUGUCAUUUUCACUUCAAGUACAUCAGUAUAUAUUUUUUUUACAAAAAAUAGAAUCAAGAUCUUCUCGAUGAAGCUGUCAUAUUUUGUUGUUAUGUCACAAUGAAGCAAUUUUAUGUUCUGUAAAUAUUUGUUUGUGUUCUGUGAAGCUGCAGUAAGUGUCAUGUGAUGCAGUAUAUAAUGAUCUCAGAACUCAUUCUUUUACAUUGUAGUCUGCUAGCAAUUACAGAUGAUCAGUGGCAGAGCUAGUGAAACAUACUCUGUUCCUUUCUCAAUAAAAUCCAAUAGUUGUUAAUGUUUUGCCGAAAAAAAAUGUUUUUUCUUCUUUAAGAUUGAUGUGAGUGAGAGCAGAUUUGCCAAUCACAUUUAAUGUUACUUCAAUUUAGGGGACUAGAGGUCUACUUAACUGAGAAUGGAGAUUGAAUGAAGAAUUUUGCUGCAGAGGUAUUAGAGUAUUGAAUUGGUCAGACAAGUUUACUAAGACCUGUUUCUCCCCGACCUCAUCCACACUGUGUAAAAAUUAAAUCCUCUAAAUUCAGUGUGUAGCUAGGCUCUCGGUGUAAAGCUUCACACACAUUUAGUCUUGACUUGUAUGUGGUGUGUAAGUGUAGAUUGGUCUCGGCCUGCUCUCACUUGUUAACUCUUUGGUCAGUUAUGGUCAUAUGGGGCAUUACACCAAAGACUUUCAUGGAAUCUGCAAAUUGAUGCUGCAUUAUGUUUAUAAUUUUUUCUUUUGGUUUUUAAUUUAUGUAUAUAUAUAUCUGUAAUUUAUUCCGUAUUAUUGUUGACGUACAUUGUACGUAAACUUAAAUUUCUUGGGUUUUUUUUUUUGGUUUUUUUUUUUUUGAAGUAACCAUUUGACUUUUUAGAGCUCCAUAGACUCGCUAUAGUCAACAGAAAAUAAUCCAAGUCAGGUUGUCUGUUACUCAGAUUAAAAGGCCGAUAGAAGUCGGGUCUUUUCCUGCUUGAAAUCGACACCUUGUCGUAAGUGAUAUAUUGUCAAUCAGUUUUCGUAGAAUGAUUUGAAUCUUAGAAUUCUAUGUGAUGUAGUUAUUUUGUCCUGGUUUUUAAGAAUUAGUCCGCUGUUGGUGACAAAAUGUGCAAUGAUCAGUGCUAUAGGUGUGUAUGGUUGUAUAAGGAUGUACUCCAUUUCUUCCUGGGGCGAGUUCCUAUCACACAUCAGUAACUACAUGUACUUAAUAGUGAAUGGCAAGGAUUAAACGUUGUGAUGGAGUCGUGUACAACUAUUUUAGUAUACUCUGAAGAGGCUUAAGUCCAUCAUUUCAUAGAGUAUAAAUCACUUCAGACUCUGAACUAAGAUUUUAGAUUUAAGAAUGAAACUUAAAUGAUGUAGGAGUAAAACAUUUUACUAAUUAGUUCAGAGUCUACUACAAUUGAGAGGAUGCAGUGUUUAUUUACACAAUGUUUUAAAGCCCCUGAGGUUUGGAUCUGUUAAUUUUAUCAUGUGAAUCAUCGACACUAUAUUACUUUUGUCAUAAAUGGUAUGGAGGAAAAGGGAGAGAGAGAUUGCAAGUCAAAUAUUUUAUUAUACGGGACGUUAGUCAAACAAUAAAAUGAUAAAAUAAGAAA